AUGGAUCUUGAAAAGAUUAUCAAAUUGGGUCAGAGUUUAGGGUAUGAGCAAAAUGAUUUGAGGGCGUUUGUAAAAGAACAAACUGAGUUAGAGAGAGAGAAAGAGAAGGAAAAGUUGGAAAGAGAGGAAAGAGCAAGGGAGCGGGAAAUCAAGAAAUUAGAAUUGGAGGAGAGAAAGGAGAGAGAAAAGUUAGAAUGGGAGAAAGAAAAAUUAGAAUUGGAGGAGAGAAAGGAGAGAGAAAAGUUAGAAUGGGAGAAAGAAAAAUUAGAAUUGGAGGAGAGAAAAGAGAGAGAAAAGUUAGAAUGGGAGAAAGAAAAAUUAAGAGUGCAAUCAGAGGAGAGAAUAGAAUUAGCCAAGUUAGAAAAGAGUUAUGCUGGAAAUUAUGAAGGACAGGUAGGAGAGAAACAAUUAGGUGCUGCUGCACCUAAGAUGCCUAAGAUGCCUCCAUUUGAUGACCGCAAUGACAACAUUGAUGCAUAUCUUCAACGGUUUGAACGGGUAGCUGUAGCACAAGAUGGAUUGAGCUUAGUGGUACUCAAAAGACUUUUGAAGGUGAAAGAUUUAUUGUUGCGUGAACAGAUUUUGAAUGUAACUGGAAGGGAUCUUAGUAUAUUCUUGAAAGAGAGAAAACCAAAAGAUGCUAUGGAAAUGGCCAGACUAGCAGAACAAUUUAUAGAAGCCAGAGGUACAGGUCCUGUUAGAUAUGGUAAGCAAGGUAGUUUUGGUCAACAUGACAAAACAGAGGUCCGAGGUAAACCAGGAGAGAACGAGGCGCCAGGUGGUACAAAACCCAAACCAUUUAUUCCUAUUAAAGAAAGGACAUGUUACAACUGUAGUCAAAUUGGACAUUUGGCAGCACAGUGUAAGAAACCCAAAUAUAACGUGGCAAGUAUCCAAGUAAGUGAAUACACCAGUAACGUGUCUGCAGUCCUUCCAGAUGGUACAGAUGUUGAGGCAAGAAUACCGGAAGUUGUAGAUGGUGAUGCCACAACUUCAGAGAGGGUGAGUGAACCGGAUGUAGCCUCAGGAAGCAUGUUUACUACAGACCACAACAUGCCUAUUCACAAGGGUAAGGUAAAUGGCAAGCCCGUGGAUGUCCUGAGAGACAGUGGCUGUACUGGCGUAAUAGUGAGGAGGUCAAAGGUAGAGGAUGAAUGUUUGUCCUCAGAAACACAAUCUUGUAAGUUGGCUGAUAGUAGGGUCCUAAUACUUUCCGUAGCAUGGAUUACCGUGGACACACCCUUUUAUACAGGAAAGGUAAGAGCUGCAUGUAUGGACACACCACUCUGUGACCUGAUAUUAGGCAAUAUUCCAGGAGUGAGAGAACCAAGGGAUCCAGAUCAGACGUGGGAUAAGGAUGAUAUCCAGAUGGUAAGUGCUGUGGAAACCAGAGGCCAAAGAAGAGUAAGACAAGAAGGCAUGAAACCACUGAAGGCACUGAAACCUGUGGGGCUGACAUUGAGUCGAGGUGAGUUCAUUACCCAGCAACAACAGGAUUCCAGUUUGGACAAAGUCAGGAAAUUAGUGGAGGAAGGGAAAAUUAGGGAGACCAGGCAUAGUAUUUCCUCUUACUAUAUUGAGAAUGAUAUGCUCUAUAGGAAGCAUACCUUCACUAAGUUUGACAAGGGUAAGCAAGUUGUACAGGCAGUUGUACCAGUAGGGCUGCGUACCCAAGUGAUGAAAGUAAGCCAUGAAGCAUUGAUGGGAGGGCACCUUGGAAUCAAAAAGACUUUAGAUCGGGUUAUGUCUCAGUUUUAUUGGCCAGGAAUAAUGGGUGAUGUUAGAAGACAUGUGCUGUCCUGUGAUAUUUGUCAACGCACAACCCCCAAGGGCAAGGUAAGAAGAAUACCACUAGGACAAAUGCCAUUAAUCGAAGUACCAUUUGAGAGAAUAGCCGUUGACCUGAUAGGCCCGUUGUAUCCUGUCACUGACAAAGGUAAUAGGUAUCUUUUGACGGUAGUUGACUAUGCCACCAGAUACCCAGAGGCAGUACCUUUGCCAAGGAUUGAAACUGAGUAUGUUGCUGAAGCUCUUUUCGAAAUAUUCAGUAGAGUAGGUAUCCCCAAGGAGAUCUUGACGGACAUGGGAGCCCAGUUCACUUCAGGUGUAAUGAAGGAGGUAAGUAGAUUAUUAUCCUUGCAUCAGCUAACUACUACCCCAUAUCAUCCUAUGUGUAAUGGCCUUGUGGAAAAAUUCAACGGUACUCUGAAGACAAUGUUGAAACGAAUGUGUGCAGAACGGCCAUAUGACUGGGACAGGUAUGUAGCUGCUUUGUUAUUUGCAUACCGAGAAGUACCUCAAGAGAGUUUGGGAUUUGCUCCCUUUGAACUACUGUACGGGCGUACAGUGAGAGGGCCAGUGCAGAUUCUCAGAGAAAUCUGGACUAAAGACAUACAAAAUCCUGAGGUAAGAACUACUUAUGAGUAUGUGUUAGAUUUGCAAAACCGACUGGAAGACACUAUUCAUAUAGCACAACAAGAACUAAAAAAGAAAUCAGGUAAGUACAAAAAGUUCUUUGAUGCAAAAUCACAAGCACGAAAAAUGAAAGUAGGUGACAAAGUGUUGCUUCUGUUACCUACUGAUUCCAAUAAACUCCUACUCCAGUGGAAAGGACCAUAUGAAAUCUUGGAGGCCUUUGGUAUUGGCAAUUACAGGAUACAGGUAGGUAAUAAGACUAAAACCUAUCAUGCAAACCUACUGAAAAAGUACAUUGACCGAGAGGAGAUCAAGGACACAACUGUAUGUGACGUCAGCAUAGCUCACCUGAUGUAUGCUAGUGCCGGGUUAGUAGAUGUCAAAGCGGAAGAGGUAAGUAUGUUAGACAUAGUUUCACCUGCGCUAGUUUCUAAAGAAACAUAUGAGGAUGUAGACAUGUUCAAGGACCUGACAGAAGAACAACAAAUUGAGGUGAGAGAGCUCGUAAGUGAAUUCAGGGAUGUGCUGAGUGAUUUACCAGGGAAGGUAGACUGUAUGCAGUAUAAGAUCAAGUUGACAUGCAAUGAGCCUAUAAGAUCCAAACCAUAUCCGCUUCCACAUCACAUGAGGGACGUUGUCGCCAAAGAGAUACAAUCAAUGUUAGAUAUGGGGGUGAUAGAACCCUCUCACUCACCAUAUGCUUCCCCCAUUGUACUUGUGAAGAAGGCUGAUGAGACUUACAGAUUUUGUACCGAUUUUCGCAAGUUAAAUCAGGUAACGGUCUUUGAUGCAGAACCAAUUCCAUUAGCCGAUUCCGUAUUUGCAAGGCUUCGACACUGUAAGUACCUAACCAAAAUCGAUGUGAGCAAGGCAUAUUGGCAGAUCCCAAUGGAAGAGAGUAGCAAAGAACUGACGGCCUUUAUAACCCCUGAUGGGUUAUACCAAUGGAAGGUGAUGCCAUUCGGAGUUGUCAAUGCACCUACAGUAUUUUCCCGACUCAUGAGGCAAGUAUUACAUAGCAUACCUAACACUGACAAUUACAUAGACGACAUCAUAGAAGGAACAGAGGAAUGGUCACCUCAUGUGGUAAGUCUGAGAGACAUAUUCACAAGGUUAAGACAAUUUCAUCUUACAGCCCGACCAUCAAAGGUAAAAAUAGGAUACAAACAGUUGGAGUUUUUGGGGCACAGGGUUGGGAGUGGCCUAAUUCAGCCGGAGGGUAAGAAUGUGGAGAAAAUCCUAAAUGUUGAACGACCACAAACUAAGAAACAGGUCAGAGCCUUGCUAGGAUUAUCGGGGUACUACCGGAAAUUCAUCCCAAAUUAUGCAGCCAUAGCAGUGCCUCUGACUGAUCUUACCAAGAAGGGCAAAUCAAACAAGGUAGUAUGGACAGAGAGUCAAGAGUUAGCUUUCACGACGUUGAAAACACACAUGUCAAGUUUUCCAAUUUUGAAACUGCCAGACUUGGAGAAAACAUUCCUAGUAAGAAGUGAUGCUUCUGACGUCGGAAUCGGAGCUGUUCUUUUACAAGAACAGGAAGGUGAGCGGUUUCCAAUACUGUAUGUGAGUCGAAAGUUGGCAGAACGUGAGAGGGCGUACUCUACCAUAGAAAAGGAGUGUUUGGCAAUAGUAUGGGCAAUACAGAAGUUAGAAAGAUAUCUGUAUGGGCGGGAGUUCAUUCUGGAAACGGACCAUCAGCCCUUAGUAUGGAUGACCAAAGCCAAGUUGACCAAUGGACGAGUGAUGAGGUGGGCUCUAACUUUACAACCUUACAGGUUUCUGAUCCGUGCAAUCAAGGGGAUUGAGAAUGUGGGAGCUGACCUCUUGAGCCGGUGUUCGCCCUAGUCACAAUGUGUGCAUAGCAUGUCCCGGAACUGGCCGGUUAACCUUAGAGUGCGUAGGAGGGAAGAACCUCCGAUAUUACGUAGGAGGAAGUAACAACCUCCAACCUCACGUAAGGAGAGAAGUUCUCCGACCCUACGUAAGGAGAGAAGUAUCUCCGUUUUCCGUGUAUACAUCGUAGGAUGAACACAGCCGUGGCAUCCAUGUAAACAGGCACCCUUAACUCCGUGGGGACAACAUCGCCUGGGUGGAAAGAUCACCAUUCGUUAUUACGAGUAAGAAUUCUCGUGUGAACUGCUCAAUAACACCAGAGAUUCAAAAGUUCUGUAUAGAACUGUUGUGACAGUGACAGUGGAGUGGCUUUGUAUUGUUUGUGGGGUGUUUUUUUUUUGGUUGUGUGUUGUUGUUGUAUAUAUGUACACACACAAAGCUUUAUUGUGUAUUAGUUGUGUUAUUCUUAGAACAUCUGUAUUAGUGUUAGUAUUGGUAGAAGUAGACUAUUAGUAUUAGGAUAGUGUAUCGUGAUAGUUGUAUUGUUAGUAGUAGAUAGUUGUAUUAGUAGUAGUAAACAUUUGUACUGUUAGUAUUCAGAUAUAAGUAUUAGUAGUAGAUGGUAGUAUUGUUAGUUGUAGUAGAAGCUAGAUUAGUUAGUUGUGUUAGUUAAUUUGGUAUUAGUUUGAAUUUAAAUAUUGUUAUUGGGAUUUAAAAUUACCUUAAGGGAGGGAAUAAAUCUUUACAACUUCAUUUGUGUUUGUGGUUGAUUAAAUACGUGACAUUUUUUAUGUCAAGAUCACAGAUAAUCUUGUAUAUUUUAAUUAUAUGUUAGUACUUCAGAUAGAUGUAUUACGGUAUGGUUACAUUAGUGUAUUAAGCUUAGCGGGUUGUUUUUAGAUAUUGUCAGGUAAUACUAUGGGAACAGGUUAGGUUCAGGGAAGCGUGACCGGGUACGGCUGAUAGCUGGGGAGUUAAUUGGUGUAACAAUAGGGAGGUCAGGGGUAGCUUGGGCUUUGGGGUCAGUUUAAAUAGCGGGGCAGGGUAAUAAUUUGUACAGUCAGCCAGAAUCAGCAUGCUCAUGUAAGGCAUGGACUAAUAUUGUGGGAGACUUCUACUCUGGUUGGCGUAAGUUUUUACAUUUAUUGUUUCAUGUAGAAUUGUAUUUUAGAGGAUAGAAUUUUGAGUUAUGUAUUGUUUUCCAAUGUAAUUAUAUACACAUAUUGAUGGUAAUAGCGUAAAGCCACUGUAACAAUAACCACAACAUGAUCAAAGUAUAAACAGUUCAACUCAGUAAUAUGUAAAUCGGAGUAUUGGUGCAUGGCUGUAUGUAUUGUGAGGUAGUGACACAUAUAUCAGUGACUGUAAUUGCUUAUAUUACAUUGUAGUGUCCCGGAACUGGCCGGUUAACCUUAGAGUGCGUAGGAGGGAAGAACCUCCGAUAUUACGUAGGAGGAAGUAACAACCUCCAACCUCACGUAAGGAGAGAAGGUCUCCGACCCUACGUAAGGAGAGAAGUAUCUCCGUUUUCCGUGUAUACAUCGUAGGAUGAACACAGCCGUGGCAUCCAUGUAAACAGGCACCCUUAACUCCGUGGGGACAACAUCGCCUGGGUGGAAAGAUCACCAUUCGUUAUUACGAGUAAGAAUUCUCGUGUGAACUGCUCAAUAACACCAGAGAUUCAAAAGUUCUGUAUAGAACUGUUGUCACAGUGACAGUGGAGUGGCUUUGUAUUGUUUGUGGGGUGUUUUUUUUUUGGUAGUGUGUUGUUGUUGUAUAUAUGUACACACACAAAGUUUUAUUGUGUAUUAGUUGUGUUAUUCUUAGAACAUCUGUAUUAGUGUUAGUAUUGGUAGAAGUAGACUAUUAGUAUUAGGAUAGUGUAUCGUGAUAGUUGUAUUGUUAGUAGUAGAUAGUUGUAUUAGUAGUAGUAAACAUUUGUACUGUUAGUAUUCAGAUAUUAGUAUUAGUAGUAGAUGGUAGUAUUGUUAGUUGUAGUAGAAGCUAGAUUAGUUAGUUGUGUUAGUUAAUUUGGUAUUAGUUUGAAUUUAAAUAUUGUUAUUGGGAUUUAAAAUUACCUUAAGGGAGGGAAUAAAUCUUUACAACUUCAUUUGUGUUUGUGGUUGAUUAAAUACGUGACAGUCUUGUUCAGAAAUAGCCCCUCUACAUAAAAAAGGCGAUCCGAGAAACCCUGACAACUGCAGGGGGAUCUCAUUAAUGAGUGUUCUGGGGAAAUGUUUUACCUCUGUUUUGAAUAACAGGCUUACUAACUGGGCGAAUAUGAGAGAUAAGAUACCGGAAGUUCAAGCUGGUUUUAGAAAAAAUUAUUCAACCAUAGAUCAUAUUUUUACAUUAUAUGCUGCAAUUCAAAAAUGUCUAACACGUCGUAAACACAAGGUUUACGUUGCUUUUAUUGAUUUUAAAAAGGCAUUUGAUACAGUUGAUCGUUAUAAAUUAUGGUGUUGUUUAAGAAAAGCUGGACUACAAGGGAAGAUGUUUAAUAUACUACAAUCAAUGUAUUCAAAUAUCAAGUCAUGUGUAAGUAGUGAUUAUGGUGUUACUGAUUUUAUCGAUUGCCCAUCUGGUUUACGUCAGGGAUGUAUAUUGAGUCCUCUGUUAUUUUCGUUUUUCAUUAGCGAAUUAUAUUAUGUAAUCUCAAGUAACGGUAAGCAUGGUAUACAUGUACAGAUGUAUCCUGACAUCCUUGAACUUCUUAUGCUCCUUUUCGCCGAUGAUGUUAUUUUACUAUCUGACAGGGUUAUUGGUUAUUUAGAUAAAUAUACUAAGGAAUGGAAUUUAUCUGUAAAUUUAGAUAAGACAGAAAUUAUAGUAUUCAGAAAAGGGGGUCCUUUAAACUUUAAGGAAAGAUGGUACUUAAAUGGACAACACAUUAAUGUAGUUAAUGGUUAUAAGUAUCUCGGCAUAAUGUUUAAUUCAACACUGAAUAUGGACAAAUGUGUAUCUGACUUAUCACUGCGAGGGAAACGAGCUUUACUUAAUAUAAUGUCUGUUUCACAUAAACUUGGAGUUAUUACACCAAAAGUAUUUUUCAAAUUA